UUGGCAGUUUUGGUGGAGUGCUACACCCCUACUGUUCUUCACGUUCUUGCGCACUCGGCCAAUUCUGCUCGCGAAGUCAAUGCUACCCUGAAAUUUCGAAACAGGGCUCGCGAAGUCAGCACUGCCUCACUGCAUUGUGGAAAGAGAGCUCGGAGAUUAACUCAUUGCUGACAAUUUUGGUGAUUCUGCCACUUGAAUAGGUUUAGGGUUACCGUUGUGGAUUCAGCAACGAAAUUUUGCAAUUUACAGAGCUCGAGCCCUCAUGCUGAGCUUUUCUGCUCGUAAGGGUUGGUUUCCAAUCUAUAUCUUUCAGCAGCCAGUCCGCAAACUUGUGGGCGGUGUUUGGCAAGGAGCUUCGCUGUCGUGUCUAUCGCUUAAAUCAGGGCCUGAUAUAUUUCUGGCGUGUCGAAAAUCCAGGACGUUAUUCCAGCUUGGAAAUUUGGGCCAACCUUCAAGAAUUCUCUGUUCUGUAGUCGAUUCGCUCAAAGGAAGGACCAGAAUGGCUCACAACGGUGCGCCCCAUGUAACAUCAGAUCAGGCUGAGAAGACUUUUUACUUUGGGAAGUUCAGAAUCGACCCAACAGAGGUGUUUUUAGUCACACAACACUCGUACGCCUUUGUGAACCUCAAGCCUGUUGUUCCUGGUCAUGUGUUGGUCAGUCCGAAGAGAGUAGUUCACAGAUUUCUAGAUCUGACUCCUGAAGAAACCUCUGACUUGUGGCUCACCGCUCAGCGAGUUGGUCAGAAGAUUGAGCCUUUCUUUGAAGCAUCAUCUUUGACAUUCGCUAUCCAGGAUGGUGCACAGGCUGGACAAACUGUAUCGCAUGUACAUGUUCACAUUCUUCCUAGAAGGGUUGGAGACUUUGAGAACAACGAUGAGGUGUAUGAUGUGCUUGAUGAAAAGGAGAAGCAGCUCGCAGAGAAGUUAGAUUUGGAUAAGGAGCGCAAGGAUCGAACCUUUGAGGAAAUGGCAGCUGAAGCUGCUGAGUUGCGAGCCCUUUUCUAGAUCUUCUCUGUUUCUUAGCGUUUGUUUGAACCUUGCAGGUAUGAAGUUGAGCAACUUACCUGGUUGGAAAGUUCAUGGAGCAUAUUCUUGAAACUUGUAGCUGACAAGUUCUUCAUUCUUUUUUCGACACAUUUCAUAGUUUUUGGAAGUUAUCAAAAUAUUCACAAUGCAGCAUUGAGAGUAGUUGACGUGACUCAAGCUAGUUCCCACUUGCCGUGCUGAAUUCCAUCUAAGACAUCUAUUCUGUCUUGACUAUGAUAUAAUUCUUGGUGAGCUUUUGCAGAUUGGGUUAUUAAAUUACUUUGGUAGCAUUUGUUCUGCAAAUCUUAGCGGUCGUUUAAGUGGAUGCAACGAAGUGAAACUGCAUUGAUUUUGACCAUUGCAGAAGUGGUACAGCCAAA